GGCGGUCAGAUAAAUUGUACCGGCGUGGACUGUCCUUCUCCAGAGUGCGAGGUGCCCAGAUUUAUCCACGGACAGUGUUGUCCUACAUGUGAUGACUGUCUGUCAGCGACAGGACGCCGUAAGAACGGCAGUACGUGGAAGCCAGUGGUGGGCGAGUACGGAGAGAUGCAUUGUAUCGUCUGCUCCUGUUUAGGAGAGGCAAAAAGCGAAAAACCAAGAGAAAGAAAAACAAGAAGUCGUCCACGUCCAGAUCCAGCACCGGCGACAUCUUCACGCCGGGCAUGCGCCUUGAUGACGUAUUCCACAAACUGUGCAUCCCGCCAAACGUGGAUCGUCUGGUGUACCACAUCAAGGGCGGUAACUUUGACUCCGUGGUCUUUGAUAACCCGAAAGAUCAGACAAUAGAACACAUUCGGUGGACCAUCAGGAAAGGUCGCAUCCACGACACACAGAGAAACUGGGUACUGGCUCCUGAGGACUUCCGGCGGAACGUCACAGUAGCUGAUAUUGUUGGAGGAGUGAAGAAAAAGGACAUCAAAAGGUUCAUGCGUCGCUUCGCCAAGCGAGAGCAGAGAUGUAAAAAACGGUGUCGGCGGAAACUGAUCGAGAGAUCGGUGAAAAAAAUCAAAGCAAAGACAAUCGAUCUUUCUAGAUCAUGCGGCGUGUAGCUCGCCACUUGGACUCAUGUUGGGGUUUUGUUGGCUAAUAUUAUGUUUGUUGGUUUUUAUUUUGUGUGUUGUAUUGGGUUUUUUAAAAUAUUGUUUUAGUUGUUUUGGUUUGUUGUUGUUGUUUUUUCUUCAUUCAGCGAAACUCGUGUGUGAUACUGGCUCUGGUGGUGUUGUUGUUAUAUUUUAUAAUAAAAUCUCAACGCAGAUAAGACGUUUUUGCUUCUGACAAGGGCCCAGGUGAAAAGGGUGUUGUGCUGACGCUUUUCUUGUGGUGUUCACACGACGUGUGACUUUGUCGGCCGCAGUCUUUCAAAAUUUUAAUAACGAUGUUAUUUGUACUUUGAAAGACUGUCCCAGUAGUCACUUCAAGAGACUCUGCUAAGACUUUUGACUUCUUUGUAAUGAUGUUCGUGGUUGUGGACUUUCUUGGACAUCUGACGUGACUACGCUCGAAUACAGUUAUUCCAGACAUGAAAAGGACGUCACGAACAUUAUUGCCUAAAGUGACGUGCAAGCUUGUGUCGUUUUCUUGAAAUCACGAUUGUGAAGAUACAAGUAAGAAAUAUUUUGCUGUGAGAGUAACGUCUGUGAAGGCGUAUAAUGAAAUGUGAAACUUCCGGAGCGAAGUAAACUUUGUUUGUGUAAAAACACAAAAAAAAUAUUGUGAAUGUUUGAUUGAUCGAACUGUGUUUAUCUUGAAGCUGUGGUUGCUAAGACAAAAACUAACGGUUACUGUACAGAUCUUUCUUCUACUUUUCUCGGAAAUGUGGUUGCAACAUGACCUUCAACGCGAAUACCGACAAUCUAUGGUGAUUUUUGCGACGCUGUGAAUGUGUCAGUAGAUAUCACGUGACCUUGUAAGAUACUGAUUACAGACGUGGUCUCCAUGCCAGACGCUGAUACUGACAACGUCCAGGUGACCAGAUCGGCUCCAGAGUGUGAGAUGUAUAAACCUGCACAAACCUGAAAUUGUGUAAUUUAGUGUAAAGAUUUGGAAACUUCUGCCGUUGUAUUUUCUCUUUGGGACGUCAACACAUCAAGGUCAUAACACAAUUACCAAAGUCAUGUUUGUUUCAAGUUUCUAGUUAUUUUAUUGAAAUGGUCUUUAAAAAAAAAGGAACUUACUUCAUUGUUUCGUAUCCCAAAUAAAGCAGGAUUUUGUUUCGUGAACUAA